AUGAUUAUGCAUAGUAGUGUUUUCUUAAAUGAAAGCAACAAUGAGGACCCCUGCAAUGCGGUAAUUUACUCAGUUAUACCAUAUGAAAAGAAUAAAUCCCUUCUGAUAACAGGACCCGAUGCCCCAAGCACGCCCAUGUCAACAACAAUAAGCGUCUCAUCGCCAUCCAUGACGAAAAUGCCGCCUAUCGAGUUACCCUCGAACAAUAUUUUAAGUUCUAAUCGUCUGGGUAGCAACCACGAUGAGGCGCUAAUGGAAAUUCACUCCGUUCAAUCUUCACGUAUUGUCAAAUCAACUCCCUACAGCACCAUCAAAACCACGAAGUCCCAAGAGUCUCCCUGUAUUAGUAAGCAAGUAGAUGUUGAAAUAGACAACGAAAGCGACUUCGACGACUUUACUCUGGCAUCUAGCAACACGGCGCACGUGAUGACGUUUCAGUCCUUGUCAGCUCUUCAGGCCGAAACACAAGUCAGUGGGGAUAGUUGCUCCAGCACAGCUGUAGAUCCCAUGGGAGACGUGGUGAGUUUCGUAUCCUUUCGUCGUCCCAAUUAUAGGUGCUGUCGGGUAUGUCAUAGCAACUUACCCUCUGCAGCAAAUUUCUGCCCUCAAUGCGGCUCCACGGUGGAGCCGCAAAGCGAGCGAUCAGGCUUCAACACAGAAGUCGAAAGCUCAUUUUCUAGUGCACUUGUUUCUCCUAGUUUGGGUCGGGAUCCAUGCUGCAGCUUCACCGCAACGCCUUUGACCCCUUCGCGGGAUGUUGACUUCGUUUCAGAACAUAGUAUGUACCAUCGACGAGUGUACCUCCGCCAGGUGCUUGUUCUUUACCGUCAUGAGAAUGGAAUGCUAGGUUGUGGAACCAAUGGAGCUGUAUACAAAGCAAUCGACAUUGUCAGUGGACAACCGCUUGCCGUAAAGGAAAUGUACAUUGACCUACAAAAUAAGUCAGAGAUCAUUGCCAUCCGAAAUGAGCUGCGCCAUCUGUCUCAUCUUCGUCACCCCAAAGUUAUUGAGUAUUACGGGUGCUCAAUCCAGCGCACAACACCCAAGUCAAGUAUUCUGACACCCAAAUAUCCCUUAGACACCACAGGGUUGCCAAAGAAUAGUAGCGAGACCAUUCGGGUGUAUAUCUUGAUGGAGCGAAUGGAGUGUGGGUCGUUGCAGGAGCUUCUAAAGGACCUACCGGACGGCUUCCCAGAGCGCACCGUUCGCGUGUAUGCCGCGCAACUCCUGGAGGCUAUCCACUACGUCCACCAGUGUGACAUCUCGCACUGUGACAUCAAGCCCUCCAACCUCCUCCUGGCCUCGGACGGGACAAUAAAGCUGGCCGACUUUGGCUGCGCCAAGAUGAAGGCCGCGCAUCAUCCGAACAGUCAGUCGUCGGACCGGGAGCUGGCGGGAACCCCUGUGUACAUGCCGCCGGAGACUCUUCUGAACCUGAAGAUGGAAAACGUGGACUGGGUGUCCCUUGGGCAGGCGCAGGACAUCUGGGCCAUCGGGUGCGUGGUUUAUCAGCUCCUUACGGGAAAAACACCAUGGGUGUUCACAAAAAUAUCCAGUCCCUUUGCACUUCUUUCCUAUAUUCAAACCCACCCAGAGUUUCCCCUUAGUGAUGAGCUUUCACCAUGCGCGCUGGACUUUUGUCGGCUCUGUCUAGAACUCAAUCCAUGCACUCGAGUUAAAAACAUGGACAAAAUUCUUGCGAGCCCUUUUGUUUCCAAUGCAAUUGAGCCCUCUCAGUGGUGA